AAUUUCACUAAAAUCUCUCUCUGAGUUUGCAAUUGUUUGCCUCACUUCCCACUGAAAUGCAAUUCUCGAUCCCUAACCAAUAACAAAUAAUGAAAUUCAUUUCGGCGAACUCGCGUGUCUAUCACGUGCCUGCUAACCUUAAACCUCUCACCAUUUGCAAGCCUACGCACCCUGCGGCAAUGACAAACCCAGAAGAAUCCGAGCUCGACGUAUUCCUCCAGUGGUUACAGCUGAAUGGAGUCCAACAGCGCGGUUGCAAGAUCAAGUACUGUGAUUCAAACAAAGGGUUUGGUAUCUUUUUAUCUGCUGAUGAUGUCUCUGACGGGCUUCUACUAGUAGUUCCACUAGAUCUGGCUAUAACUCCAAUGAGAGUACUUCAAGAUCCUAUUUUGGGACCAGAGUGUAGUGCAAUGUUUGAGGAAGGGGACGUAGAUGACAGGUUCUUGAUGAUUUUGUUUCUAACCAUAGAACGUCUUCGAAAGAAUUCUUCUUGGAAGCCGUAUCUUGAUAUGCUUCCAACCACAUUUGGGAACCCACUUUGGUUUACAGACGAUGAACUCCUGGAGGUGAAAGGCACCACAUUGUAUCAUGCGACUGAAUUGCAGAAGAAAAAGUUGCAAUCUCUGUACGAAGACAAAGUAAAGAAUUUGGUGAAAAAGCUUUUGGUUCUCCAUGGGGAAAUAGAAAGUGAAGUGAGUUUUGAAGACUUCCUCUGGGCAAAUUCUAUAUUUUGGACUCGUGCUCUGAACAUUCCAUUCCCACGUUCAUAUGUAUAUCCACAAGUGCAAGAUGAGCAAGACAAUACCUUCUCAAGCUUUAAUCGAAAUGCUGAAUCUGAUACUAGUAAGAUUUCCAGUGGCGAGUUAACUGAUGGAAAAGGACUUGAGAUUUAUGGGGUGGAAGGCCAAGCCACUGAGGUGACACCUGCUUCAGUACAAGGCGAGACUGUUUGGGUUGAGGGUCUUAUUCCAGGCAUUGAUUUUUGCAAUCAUGAUUUGAAGCCUGCAGCGAAUUGGGAAGUUGAUGGAACAGGAUCGACAACAGGAGUUCCCUUUUCCAUGUACCUUCUUUCUGCUGGAAAAAGUCAUCUCCAAGUUGAGGAUGAGAUAUCUAUCAGCUAUGGUAGCAAAGGAAAUGAGGAACUGCUGUACCUUUAUGGUUUUGUUAUUGAUAACAAUCCAGAUGACUAUCUCAUGGUUCACUAUCCUUUAGAGGCUAUUCAGAGUGUCCCCUUUUCCGAGUCCAAAGCACAGCUUCUUGAAGCACAGAAGGCAGAACUGAGGUGUCUUCUACCUAGAAGCUUGCUGGAUCGUGGUUUCUUUCAGGCUGGCACCAUGCAAAAAGAAAGCAAUGAUAAGUGCAAUGUUGUUCCGGUUUCUAACUAUAGUUGGUGUGGGCAGCGCAAGAUGCCUUCUUACUUGAAUAGGCUCGUGUUCCCUGAGGAUUUCUUAACUGCCUUGAGGACCAUAGCCAUGCUGGAAGAUGAGCUUUAUCAAGUUUCAUCAUUGCUGCGAGAGCUCGUUGGUUCUGAUGGGGAGAGGCAACCAACUGAUAAAGAAGUUCAAGCAGCAAUUUGGGAAUCUUGUGGGGAUUCUGGAGCUCUCCAAUUGCUUGUCGAUCUUCUUAAUAUGAAGAUGGUAGAUCUUGAAGAGGGUUCUGGAACAGAGGAAAAUGAUACUGAGCUACUUGAGAAGGCCUGCAGCACAGAAAUCCCGGAAGAGUAUACAAGUUCUGAGGCGAAUGAAUUGAUCACGCGGGAAAUGAUGAGUAAAAGCAGGUGGUGUAGCAUAGUAUACCGAAGAGGGCAGAAACAACUCACCCGUCUUUUUGUGAAGGAAGCAGAGCAUGCCUUGCAGCUAGCCUUGAGUGAGGGGAACUAAACAGUCAGUCAGAGCCUUUUGUUGUUCUGGAAAGAGAGUUUUUGGAAUACUACCAGUUGACAGUCGCUCAACUGUUUGUUCUACCCUUUGCUGUCCCUUUUGGGUUUGUCGAGGGAAAUCAAAACAAAACAUAGAAGCGCAAACCAGUGCAUGGGGCUUCAGCCAUGACAGUGCCUUUGGGCGAUUCAAAUUUAUUCUACCGUCCCCCCAAUAUGGGAAGAGAGUAUUUCAUUAUUAGUACUAGAGAUUCGAUUUUGUACUACAGAUUCUGAUAAGAGAUUCUAUUUGAUUUUCAUUACUACAGAUUUGAUGCAAAUCUAACUUUCCAAAACCCUAUCUUGAGUGGACUGUUUUUGUGGCUUU